ACUUAUUCAUCUCCUCUGCCGCCCACCUGUACCCGGUGUUGUCCCGGUGCGCAGUCCUAGCGCGGAGAGCUCCGCUCCCAGGGCCAGCCCAGCGCAGUUACAGCGUCUCAUGGGUCUCACCGCUCCGACAGCUGGGGCUGCCCGCGCUGUGGUUGACCUUCACAGAACUCUGGAGCGGGGCCUCGGCACCAACCCAGGUCUUAGAAGCCUGAGGUACACCACUGCUACCGGGUGUAUCACCGCAGAGUCCUGAGCCCGCGACCUAGGGGCGCGGGCAGAGAGCAGCUUCCAUGGCGGAAACCCCGAAAAAGAAAUCAGACCCGCUCACGCCGCGGAGACCCCGCCGAGCCUCUAGGGGGCGCCAUCGCGGCGCGCCGCUGUGCGCCGGGGCACGCUGCCGCUUUAAGCGCGCUCCCCCAGACGUCAUAGCGGGGUUCACGUAUGUGCGCUGCCUACCUUGUUGGUCACCAUUGACCUUCGGGACGGGCUGUUCGUGGCAGCUAUUGGCUAGAGCGUGGCAAGUGCUGCUCUCUGGUUGGUGAGUGGUGGCUUGCUCCCGCCCCGGCGGUGCCCAGCAGGUUCCGUUGCGCACUGGUCGCUAGUUCCUGUAGUAGGCCUCCGCGCGGAGAAGGGCCCGGGACGAGCGGCGGGAGCGGAGCGGGCGGACGGCCAUGGCGGCGGUGGUGUAGAGCUGGACCAGGCGGAGCAGUGGGGCCACCAUGAUUAUAGAGAACGUGGACGCUCUCAAGUCGUGGCUGGCCAAGUUGCUGGAGCCGAUAUGUGAUGCAGACCCCUCAGCCUUAGCCAACUAUGUUGUGGCACUAGUCAAGAAAGACAAGCCAGAGAAAGAGCUGAAAGCUUUCUGUGCUGAUCAGCUGGAUGUCUUUCUGCAAAAAGAAACUUCAGGUUUUGUAGAUAAACUUUUUGAAAGCCUGUACACAAAGAGUUACCUUCCCUCUCUGGAACCCUCGAAAGCAGAAGCUAAGCCUGCAGGUCAGGAAAAAGAAGUAGUCAAGGAGGAGUUGCCUCUGAAGCAGAAUUUCCAAGAGGCAGUUGAAGAGGAGCGGGAGAGCCGGAAGAAGAAGUACUCCAGUCCGCAGAGAAGCCGUACAGAUUCCAGUGAGCAGAGAUCCAGAGACAAAAAGAGAGAUGAUGGGAAGUGGAGGGACUAUGACAGGUACUAUGACAGGAGCGAGCUGUACAGGGAGAAGUCGAGCUGGCGGCGUGGGCGCAGCAAGAGCCGCUCCAAGAGCAGGGGGAUGAGCCGGAGCCGCAGCCGCAGCCGGGGCAGGAGCAAAGACCGCGAUGCGAGGAGUGCUGGGCAAAUUCAGGUCUGUUGGAAAAAUAAGAGGCACAGAUUACAACAGAUUUCCACGCCUGUUGAGACCACGUUAGUUAAGGGCGGGGAGCACCGAGAGAGAUCAAAGUUCAAGAGUGAAAGGAACGAUGUUGAGGUCUCCUAUAAUCCAGUUCCCGUAUCUUCCAAUAAAUCAUCUGAGCAGUAUUCCUCUGCACAGUCUAUCCCCAGUACUGUCACUGUCGUUGCACCUGCACACCACCUUGAAAAUACAACAGAGAGCUGGUCAAAUUUCUAUAACAAUCACAGCAACCCCAGUUCCUUUGGCAGAAACCCUCCUCCUAAAAGAAGAUGUCAAGAUUAUGAUGAGCGAGGAUUCUGUGUGUUUGGUGAUCUUUGCCAGUUUGAUCAUGGAAGUGAUCCUUUAGUAGUAGACGAAGUUUCUUUGCCAAGUAUGAUUCCUUUUCCUCCACCACCUCCGGGACUUCCUCCUCCUCCUCCUGGUAUGCUCCUACCCCCUCUGCCAGGUCCAGUGCGGAAUAUGAGGCUGCCAGUUCCACAGGCUCACCCACAGGCACCACCUCCUGUUGUCCUUCCUGUACCAAGACCCCCAUUAACGCAGUCCAAUUUGAUCAACAACCGUGAGCAGCCUGGGACAAGUGCAGUGCCCAACCUGGCACCUGUGGGAGCAAGGCUGCCUCCUCCUCUACCCCAGAACCUGCUCUACACAGUCUCAGAACAUACAUAUGAGCCAGAUGGCUAUAACCCUGAAGCUCCCAGCAUUACCAGUGCUGGGAGAUCCCAGUACCGACAGUUCUUUACGAGAGCACAAACGCAGCGUCCCAAUCUAAUUGGCCUAACAUCUGGGGAGAUGGAUACAAAUCCAAGAGCUGCCAAUAUUAUCAUCCAGACUGAGCCUCCCAUUCCCAUCACAAAUAACAGCAGCAACAUCACUCGAGUUGUCCUGGAACCAGACAGCAGGAAAAGAUCUCCAAGUAGCAUGGAGUGUCCACCAUUAAAGAAGCCUUGGCUGGGAAAGCAAGCAAACAACAACCAGAGUAAGCCAGGAUUCUUGAAGAAGAACCAAUAUACAAAUACUAAACUGGAAGUGAGGAAAAUUCCCCCAGACCUGAACAACAUCACACAGCUCAAUGAGCACUUCAGCAAGUUUGGAACUAUUGUGAACAUUCAGGUUGCUUUCCAGAAUGACCCUGAGGCAGCUCUAAUUCAGUACUUGACUAAUGAUGAGGCCCGGAAGGCCAUUUCCAGCACAGAGGCCGUUCUCAACAACCGCUUCAUCCGAGUGCUGUGGCACAGGGACAGUGAGCAGCAGUCCCCAGUGCUGCAGCAGCAGCAGACAUCCACUCAGCCUCUCCACCACCAGCUUCACCUUCAGCAGCAAGCCCUGACCACAACACCCACUGUGACCAUGCACAGCAAUCUCUCAAAGGUGAUGAACAAACCCCUGGCAUCUGGUGCCUAUGUCCUUAAUAAAGUCCCUGUGAAACGUCGCCUUGGAGCAGCAAGUGGAAACCAGUCUGACCUGAGCCAGACUGGGGCUGUGGUAGAGGAUUCUCAGAUGUUUCCUACUCCCACAAGCCACUCAAAAAUGGUUUACAGUGCUUCACAUCUAAAGACACCUGGGAAGCCUGGUGCAGGGUCUAAACCCCAUGAUGUGCAAGAAGUCCUUAAAAAAAAGCAGGAGGCAAUGAAACUCCAACAAGACAUGAGGAAAAAGAAGCAGGAGAUGUUAGAAAAACAAAUAGAAUGCCAGAAGAUGUUGAUAUCCAAGCUGGAGAAAAACAAGGCCAUGAAACCAGAAGAAAGAGCAGAAAUAAUGAAGACCUUAAAAGAAUUAACAGGAAAAAUAUCUCAGUUAAAGGAUGAAUUAAAAACUUCGUCUACAACUUCUACAACAUCAAAAUUGAAGUCCAAGACAGAGGCACAAAAAGAACUUCUAGAUGCAGAGCUGGACUUCCAUAAGAGACUCUCUUCUGGAGAAGACACGACUGAGCUGAGAAAAAAGCUCAACCAGCUACAGGUUGAGGCUGCACGCUUGGGGAUCUUGCCAUCUGGCCGCGGGAAGACUUCGCCAGCCCAGGGGAGAGGCCGGGGCCGGGGCCGCGGUGGCAGAGGCAGGGGCAUGUUGAACCACAUGGUAGUGGAUCAUCGCCCAAAAGCACUGACAGUGGGAGGCUUCGUGGAACAGGAGAAAGAUGAAUUGUUACAGCACUUCUCUAAAUUUGGAGAUAUUGAAGACCUUCAGGAGGAGGAUUCCCCAUUAAGUGUUGUCCUGACUUUUAAAUCUCGCUCAGAAGCUGAGAAUGCUGCUAACCAAGGAUCUCACUUCAAAGACCGAAGGCUACAGAUAUCAUGGUACAAACCCAAGGUACCUUCAGUGUCCACUGAGAUCGAGGAAGAGGAAUCCAAGGAAGAGGAAACUGAAACCUCAGAUUUAUUUUUGCACGAAGAUGAUGAUGACGACGAUGAAGACGAGGAUGAAUCACGUUCUUGGAGAAGAUGAAACUUGAUGUUGGAAAUGUAUAAUUUUAGGAAUAUAGUUCAAGCUACACCUUUUAAACAUUUAUUUAAGGAAGUCGAUGAGCCAAAAAUAGCUUUACUUUCUUUUCAAACCACAAGGUGUAAAGUGAGCAAAGUUGGUUACAAAAUAUUUUGGAUCUAGAGCUGUGAUACGAAGCUAGCCAAAGGCCCAGUGACUUUUUACAUCCUUACCAAGCUCACCAGGCUGGUGAUAUUUUCUAUUUAAGAAGGAUAAAAAGAGAGAGGGGAGUAAGAAAUAGUUGGUAUUUUCUUGUCCUCUUUGUGUCACCUGUAUUACCUUGGUUUGGGUUUUUUAUAAUGUCGUUGAUUUGUUGGGUUCUAAUUGAAAAGCUACUCCAGGUUUUAUUCAGCAAUAUUCUGGAGCUGGGGGGAAAGACACAAACUUUCAUUAAAUGUUAUGAAAGAAAAAAUGGCCUCAUCUGCUAUUUGAGAAGGGGAAACAAUGUAUUUCAAGUGGAAUCACUUGUCAUAGGAAUUUUGUGGCUAGAUCAGUAAAUUUAUUGCAGUGUCUGAAGGCCACCUGGCUUUGUGUUGGACUGCUUAUUCGUGAGAGGAGCUGGAAGAAGCAAUUUAACAGGGUAUUGUCGUGUCAUUGUCCCAGGUCACUGUUUGUUCAACUUCUGCUCCGCAGAAAAGACCAGCAACGGCACCUGCUGGAGUGAAUUUUCACUCCCUCUGGUUCCCUGCUGUAGUUUCAGGGUAAGGUUUAUGUUAGACUCUGUUUACUGUGUUUCAGUGUUGGUGAGCAGGAAUGUAAUGUUUCAUACUGAAAAACAACUAAACUGGCAGCUGCCUGCCAGCUCUUCGUCCUCUCCCUGUCACCAGCACUUUGAUCUUCAACCCUAAUCCAUUAAAUGCUCAGAGCAAAAUGCUUUUUAGCCAAGGCAGUGUUGGUGUCAUGCUUCAAGACCAGUGUUAAACCUGUACUGGAAGUUGCCAGUCCCUAGAGGAGUGUUCAGAAUGGGACUUGAGAGGUUCUGAGCUUACCUUAAAGAUGAGCCUCAUUCCAUUCUCCUUUGCCUUAGUGGUGUUCCAUUGUAAGAACAGCUCCCAUGAAUGGGGUGGCUCAGCAGCAAUGAGGAUGACAGGGUCAGGUGCCUGAGCUGUGCAUCUCCACUGGGACAGCUCCUGUAGCUCUGAGGUCUUCUCCAGGUAGCCUUUCCUUGCCUGCCCCUUGGACUGUGCAGGUUCAGCACAUUGCAGGUGCAUUUCUACAUGAGAUAAACAGCUUCUGGGUGCAGAAAUGUUCUCCUCUGAUGCACAAAUGCUCUCUUCCUGGAAAUAAUCAGCUUAGCAAGUUGCCAGCUGAGGGAAGAUGCCCCACAAGCCCUCUAAACGGCUCUGAGCUUGGCAGGUGGCCUAUAGCUGAGCAUGAUUUGAGGUCUCCAAACUUUGAUACUUUUCUGCCAUGGUGAUGGAUCAAAGCUCAAGCCAGCAUCACUUUGUGUCCUUGCCAUCGAAGAGAAUGUGUCUCAGUAUUGUCUCUGUGUUCAACCUCACCUCCAUAUAAUUAGGACUUCCCUGCUGAUUGAGACUAAGUUGCAGACAGGAGGGCAGCCACUCCAACAUCCUUACACAUCUUGCUUUUCUCCCAUCACCUCCAGUGUUUUAUUUCAAUGUCUGUGGCUCACUACAUUUUGAAAACUCCAUUGCAAACCUAUCUGAGUGCUGACAGUUUAAAAAGUCAUCGAGGGAACAAAAGGAUUUCUAUAUUUUCUUUGUACAGAGCUUUUUCUUAAACUGUAUAAUUUUGUAAAUACUUUUGCUUUUUUUGUGUACUAAAACUACCAGCCUAUAGAUUUCCAUGAGAACUGUUGUAUUUUUGUAUUUGGAGAAUGAAAACCGCAGUGAAUGGAUGAAAGCUGUAAGAGCAAUGGCAGUAGCCUUGGCACAGGUAGAAUGGGAUUCCUUUUCAUAUGGUUUUUCAUUUGGGGUGGCCCUGCCUGGCUGGCUCCCUGUUCAGGGGCACUUUGGGCCAGAGGGAGGCAAGUGGUGGCUUCAGCUGGUGAAUUUGUGAGAGCUUCAUCUGAUUUCUGGGUUGGGUUAAUUCCUCUUUACAGGACACGCUGGCAGGCUUCCAUAAAUCCUCUGGUGACAUCCCAAACAUGAUGAUUUCUAGGUGCUGAGGCACAGAAUUGUGCCCCUGAACCUGGCUCGUGUGUGGAUAGUAAGCUGUGGGGUGGUUGGGAGUGCAGGUGGUGGGCAGGACAGCAGUGCCUGGCUUGGGGGUGUAGGGAGCAGGAAAGCUUUUUGAAGUCACCUUCUUUUUGCCACAGCUUAGGGACUUAUCUGGAUUUAAGACUCUAUUGUGCUGCUUGAAGAUUUCUGUUCAGUAGGUAACACAACAGCACUUCUUGCUUGCCAUGGCAACACUUCCCUGAAAAGAAUCACCUGUGCUUUGAAGGGGUACCCUGGGCAAACUCAGAGCCAGCAUCACCACUCCUAUGCCCGGCCAGGGCCUUCACCCUGUGUGUGGGUUAGGUGUCAUCAGCCUGAACUUGGGCUGCAAACACUGCAAGAGGAGCAUGUGGUAAAGUAAUGAAACAAAGUCCCUGUCAGGAAGGAUUCUCCCUCUUUGAGUUCACCUGAGAGGGGAGGGCGAGGGGGUGGAAGUAAGAGCAAAGCAAGAGUUGAACUUAUCAGUGUGGAACCAGCUGCUGCUGCUUUGUGCUACCAAAUCAUGUGAAAAGGAACGGAGCCCUUGCUGUACAGUGACCCUGUACCAUAGUUUUUACAGAUGUGAACUUGUGUAAUAGCACCCUAGGAGAUAUUGUUGGAUUUCUAACUGUUUAUACAUUAAAUUCCUAUCUGUAAUGUUUGUUUUAUUGAUUACAAGCUGAAUUUCUAAGAUGCAUGUUGACUUUUUUUUUUGCAAUAAAGAUACAGUGGAAUGGUUCAAGAUCUAGAAAAAAACAAAGCAAAUUCUAACUGCAAUUAGAGAACAGAACCAUUCCAAACCAUUACAACCAUCACCAAAA